CUUCUCAGCUUUUUAAGCCUUCUUACAUUAUUCUCCCUAUUCUUCUGUCUUCUUCUCUUCUUCUCUCUUUGAAGCUCCAAUGGCAGCAACAGAAUCUAAAGCGGAACCCAAAGAAGCGGAAGAGCGCGUAGAAAGAGAACCCAUCGCAUGCAAGACCGUGGCGUUGAGGGUCUCCAUCCACUGCCAAGGCUGCAAAAAGAAAGUCAAGAAAAUUCUCCAAGCCAUUUACGGUGUUUACGACAUAGACAUCGAUCAGAAGCAACAUAAAGUGGUCGUUACUGGGAACGUUGACGCCGAGCUGUUGAUUUGGAAAUUGACCAAGGCGGGGAAGCAUGCAGAGUUGUGGCCUGAAAACGCAGAUUCCGAAAAGAAACAGCAAGCGAAUUCAGAGAGCAAAGAGAAGCGGCAAAGCGACGCAGAAAGCAGCGACCACGGGAUUAAGAAAAACGAUAAAGAAGAUGUUAAGGUUGUUGCGCAAGACCCAUCCAAAAACGCGGAAAGUAGCAACAAUAACAAUAAUAGUACCAAAAGUAAAGCCGUUAAAAAAAACAGCGACGGAUGCGCCGCCGGUAAAGCCGCUGUUCAGUUGCACGAGCCAAAACCGGAGGUGAGGCAGACGGUGGUGUUACAACCGGCAGGACCGGUAACCGAAAAAAAAGUGAGCAUCGCUGUUCAAGUUCCUAACGACAAUGAAGCAACCGGGAAUGAGAAUACAACCGGUGGAGCCGGUGCCGGUGGAGCGAAAAAGAAGAAAAAGAAGGUGACGGCUACCGGGAAAGAGAGUAAUAACAACAACGGGAACGACGUUGCCAGUGAUGCAAAAGCUAAAGAAGGUUCCAGUAACCAGUCAAAUGGUCAAGGUCAUGUUCAUGAGCCAGCGGUUCCAGUUUCAAGUUCAGUUCCUUCUGCGAUCCCAACCAAUGAUAGUGCGACACGUCAUCAUCACUUUUACCGUGAGUACCCACCGCAUUACUACGCUCCUCCUCCUCCUGCUCCUCCGCAAGUUGUUCACAGUGUGAGCUACCAUACGGCGCAUCCUAGCAGCAGCUACGGCGCUGCGUACUAUGCCCCUACGCGACCGAUUUCGUACGCCCACGUGGUGCGCCCUGGGUACGAAGUGGAGCCUCCACCCUACAUGUACGAGGCUCCAUCGUAUGCUCCAUCGUAUGCUCCAUCGUAUACUCCAUCAUAUGCUCCAUCGCAGCCGUCGGAUUCUUUCGAGCUCUUCAGCGAUGAAAAUCCUAAUGCGUGCUCACUCAUGUGAAUGUGAGUUGCAUGGCAUGUAAUCAUUUCAUCCAAGUAAUUUUGUAAUGCUUGUAGAUAUACAAGAAUAUUAUCACAGGCCUCCUUUUUAUUAAUAUAUUUUAGGGAAAAAAAACUAUUUCUUUUUUUAUGGAAAGGAUGAAAAGUAAGUUACAAUAAUGGGUCAAUGUGGCUCUGAGCCUUCGGUUUUUGUUCA